GGCGGUGCCCGCGGCCGUUCCGAAUACCACCGAGAGAGGCCGCCGUUUCCCAUGUAGAACACGGAACUCGCCAUAGUUAAAAUGGCGACGUUGUGAUUUUAAUGUAGCGAAUGUACUUUGAAUAGUGCGCGUAGUGAGGUUUAAUUCAUUAUCCAUAACUGUUGUAUCGUAACGCGUUCGAAUGAAAUGCCAACAUGCAGAAUGUAUCGAAGGAGUGUGCCGCAGAUAAUCCGAAAAUAGAUAAAGUGAACGUUCAGCAGCACGAUAUAGGGAAUUUGCCGUCGACUCCCCAAUCAACCUCUAACUCGAGCCCAGCAAAGUCCGAGACGGAGACGUAUUCGGAGCAUCGCCAGUACAUUUCCGAUUCGGGGGAGAGUGAGGAGGACAGUGUUUCGGAGGUGGAGUCAUUUAUGAUUGACCAGGAGUUCGAGGAGGAUCCACAAGUGGAGGCCGCGAAGUAUCUGCUCAAUCCGGAGGAGGACAGGGCCGUCGAUCCGGAAACUCAAGCCAGACUAGAGGCACUUUUGCAAGCAGCUGGGAUCAGUCAGCUGGCGGCCAAGGAUGGCAAACACCUGGGGGAUCCCGAGGUGCUGAGACGGCUAACGUCGAGCGUCUCGUGCGCCCUGGACGAGGCGGCGGCCGCGCUCACCCGGAUGCGUUCCGACAAUCCGCGUGCGGCCGGCGGUGGCGGCGGCGGCACCACGUCGUCGUCGUCGUCGUCGACGGGCGGCGGCGGCGGCGUGGGCGGCGCGUCGUGCCAGCCGCAGCCCGGCCAGCCGGUCGAGAAGACGUCGCUGGUGGAGGCGUGCACGGACGGCGACGUCGGCACCGUGCGCAAGCUGCUCACCGAGGGACGGUCGGUGCACGAGACGUCCGAGGAAGGCGAGAGCCUGCUCUCACUGGCCUGCAGCGCCGGAUACUUCGAACUGGCACAGGUGCUAUUAGCGAUGCAUGCUAACGUGGAGGACCGAGGCAUCAAAGGCGAGUGCACACCGUUGAUGGAGGCCGCGUCGGCCGGCCACCUGGACAUCGUCCGGCUGCUGGUCGCCCACGGGGCCGACGUCAACGCCCAGUCCACAUCGGGUAACACGCCGCUGAUGUACGGCUGUGCCGGCGGCCACACCGAGGUCGUUAAAUACUUGCUGGAGCACAACGCCAACGUGGAGGACCACAACGAGAACGGUCACACGCCGCUGAUGGAGGCGGCUAGCGCGGGACACGUGGGCCUCGCCAAGAUAUUGCUCAUGCACGGCGCCGGCAUCAACACACACUCAAACGAAUUCAAGGAGUCCGCUUUGACGCUCGCCUGUUAUAAGGGUCACUUGGAUAUGGUACGGUUUUUGUUGGAGGCCGGCGCCGACCAGGAACACAAGACCGACGAAAUGCACACCGCAUUGAUGGAGGCAUCGAUGGACGGGCACGUGGAGGUGGCACGAUUGCUGCUAGACAGCGGCGCCCAAGUAAACAUGCCGACCGACAGUUUCGAGUCGCCGCUCACGUUGGCCGCGUGCGGCGGCCACGUAGAUCUGGCCAUGCUGCUCAUCGAGCGUGGCGCCAACAUCGAGGAAGUGAACGACGAAGGGUAUACACCGUUGAUGGAGGCGGCGAGGGAAGGACACGAGGAGAUGGUACACCUAUUGCUGGGUCAGGGCGCCAACAUCAACGCCCAGACGGACGAGACGCAGGAGACGGCGCUGACGUUGGCUUGCUGCGGCGGCUUCACGGAAGUGGCCGACAUCCUGUUGAAGGGCGGCGCCGACAUAGAGCUUGGCGCGUCGACGCCGCUCAUGGAGGCGGCCCAGGAGGGCCACCUCGACCUCGUCAAGUUCCUGCUGGAAAACGGUUCCAACGUCCAUGCACAGACACAAACAGGCGACACAGCAUUAACUUAUGCCUGCGAGAACGGGCACACCGACGUGGCGGAUCUGUUACUGCAGUACGGCGCCGAUUUGGAACACGAGUCGGAGGGUGGGCGCACGCCCCUCAUGAAGGCUUGCCGGGCCGGUCACCAAUGCACCGUGCAAUUUCUCAUCUCUAAGGGUGCAAACGUGCGCAGACAAACGACGAACAAUGACCACACGCCGUUGUCGCUGGCCUGCGCCGGCGGCCACCUCUCCGUCGUCGAGCUGCUGCUGAGCCACAAUGCCGACCCCAACCACAAGCUGAAGGACAACUCGACGAUGCUGAUCGAGGCGGCGAAGGGCGGCCACACCAACGUCGUGCAGCUGCUGCUGGACUAUCCGCACUCCAUGCAGCCCAUACUGAUGAACCAGCAGCACCAGCAGGCGGCCGCGGCCACCCAGGCCACCAACCUAUCCAUGCUACCUGGACAGGUUAGCAGCCGGGAGUCGCCGCUCCCGCCGAACUUGCCGCCCCAGUCGGUCAACUUUUUCCAGCCGCCAUCGGCGCCGGUUCUGCAGCAGGUGCCCGAGGCGGUGCGCAUCAUGCAGCACGAGGACCUGAACAUCGCGGCGGGCGGCGGACCGACGAUAGAGAUAGGUGGCGCCAAACAGCAACAGGCCACCACCAACGGGGCCGCCCGACAGGCGACGGCCGGUGCCGGCGGACGAAAGGCGGCCGGCAACUCGCUGCCCAAGAGCCGGUCCACCGGCGCCGUCUUCGACGGGAAUCUCACCUCCGCGGAGGCCCAACAAGUACGCAGCCAGCCCCUCGCCGAACUGGCCGACGAGGACGUGUUCUCGCAACUAACCAACGCGAAAGAGUUCUUGAGUAGCGGCGGCAAGGAGGAUCCCAACACCCUCAUAGAUUUUAUUAAGAACCGCAAGAAACAGUUCAUCGUCUCCGCCGGCGCGUCCGACGAAGGCACCACCCAAAAACAACAAAUCCUCGAAGAAUUACACAGAGUGGAACGCGAGCUCCACGGCAAGCAGCAACAGCAACAGCAGCAGCAGCAGGUGCACAAUCCCGUGUUCCAGUACCCGAUCCCCCAGGACCAGUGUCCCUCGUCGACCGCGUCGUCCAGCCUCUCGCCCAUGCUUAACAUCGACAUCGCCCUCCAGCAGGCGAAACAGGGCCUGGGCCCGGGCAGCGUGUUCCCGGGCGGGCCGCUCCAGGUGCAGAACGCCUUCUAUUCGGGCGGGAGCGGGGCGGCGGGCGGCACGGUCGCGCCGCAGCUCCCGCAACAACAGCAACAACAGCCGGCGUUCUUCUUCGCGCCGCUGCAGACCACCAGCAGCGUAGCCGUCUCCACACUGUCCACUGCCACAUCAAGUGCCGCCGCCUCCACGCAACCCAUCAAGUUCCAAAGCAUCGCCUCCCACUCGGAAGUUAGUCAGAAUACCGCUAUAAGUGACCGACCGAAAGCCAAACCCGUCUCGAAGAAGGAGGGCAAGUUGAUCCGCAAGCAGCAGCAACAACAGCAACAACAGCAGCAGCAGCAACAGCCGUCGCAGCAACAGCAACAAACCACGGCAGGCCAACUGGCGGCGCAGCAACAGUAUCCGGCGUACGGGACGCCGCAGCUCAUCCAGACGCACGGUCCGAUCGCCCAGCAACUGUUCCAGCAUCAGUCGAGCAUCGCGGAGAAGGUGCUGCACCUGGGCGGUUCCGUGCACACGCUCGACAUCGACUCGCUGGACGACAAUCCGCAGCUGAAGGAUGAAGUGGUCGCGGCCGCCAGCCAGGACCCGAUGCUCACCGCCUCGAUACUGCAGCAGAUCCACAAUCCGUCGACCAUCAAGACUUUCAUGCCAUUCAAACAAUUGCGAAUGGAUAAAGAUUUUUCGAGCGUUGAAGAUGUGGUUCACACAUUAGAAUCUUUCAACACCUCAGAUAUUAGUGACCAAACAUUGUCUCAACACAAUUUACAGGUGCAGCCCUAUCCAAGUGCUUUAGACGAAUCGGUGAUAGCGUCGUUGGCGGCCGCCCAACAGGAACUGCCGACGGCGGGCACGACGGCUGAACUGUCACGUGUCGAGUACUUCGCGGUGCCGACACAGGCCGGGCCCGCCGCCGCCGCAGCCACCCAACUGCCCGUCUAUCCUCCGUACCAACACUACAAGGAGCAAGUGUACCAAGCCGGCUUCCAGGCCGGCUACAAUCUGCUCCAGCAACAGCUCGGAGCAUGUCCGAGUGCGAGCACUAGCGAUACCCUAACGACCACCACUGUGGUGCCAACCACGGUCGGCUCGAUGCCGGCCGUGGCUGGCGCCUCCACCCAGCAACAACAGCAACAGCAACCGCCCCAACAACAACAACAACAACAGCAGCAGCAGCAACAGCAGCAGCAGUUCAUAAGCGUGGCGGCGGCCGCCCAGCAACAGGCCACCCUCCAGGCCCAGUUGCACUGUCAGCCGUGCGCCCAACACCAGCAGCCGCCGCAACAGGCGCAGCAGGGCGGCGUGCAGCAGACGGGCGGCGGCGCGCAGCAGGUGCAGGCGGCCACCCAGACGCCGCAGACGUGUCCGGGAGCGGCCGCGGCCGCCGCCGCCGCCGCCUCUUCGGCCAUCGUCCAGCAGCAGGACGGGAAGAAGUCGAAGAUCGCGGGCGACGGCGGCAAGUUCAAGAAGGGACGCGUGAUGCGUCACCAGAACCAGCAGCAGCAGAUCGCGUUCCCGCAGACGCAGAACUACCUGAUCGAUCAUAAUUCAGCUAUAACCCAGUACAGCGGAGCAGCCGCCCAGCAGGCCCAGCAACAGCAACUGGUCCCGAACCCUCAGCAGCAGCAGCAACAACAACAGCAACAGCAGCAGCAGCAGCAGCAGCAACAACAGCAGCAGCAGCAGCAACAGCAGCAAUGUCCGGCGACGGCGGCCGCGGCCUCAUCGGUGAUCGCGCCGUGCAUGGACGUCGACUCGGAGACGGAGAGCAACCACGACACCGCGCUGACGCUGGCCUGCGCCGGCGGCCACGAGGAGCUGGUCGAGCUGUUGCUCAGUCGCGGCGCCGACAUCGAGCACCGCGACAAGAAAGGUUUCACGCCGCUGAUCCUGGCCGCCACCGCCGGACACGAGAAGGUGGUCGAGAUACUGCUGAACCGCAACGCCGACAUCGAGGCGCAGUCGGAACGGACGAAGGACACGCCGCUGAGUUUGGCGUGCUCCGGCGGCCGCUACGAGGUGGUCGAGCUGCUGCUGAACCGCAACGCCAACAAGGAACACCGGAACGUGUCCGACUACACGCCGCUCAGUCUGGCUGCCUCCGGCGGCUACGUGAACAUCAUCAAGCUGCUGCUCAGCCACGGCGCCGAGAUCAACUCGCGCACCGGCAGCAAGCUGGGCAUAUCGCCGCUGAUGCUGGCCGCCAUGAACGGGCACACGGCCGCUGUUAAGUUGUUGCUGGACAUGGGCAGCGACAUCAACGCCCAGAUCGAGACUAAUCGGAAUACCGCCCUCACACUAGCCUGUUUUCAAGGACGUCACGAAGUGGUCAGUCUUUUGUUGGACAGAAAGGCCAACGUGGAACAUCGAGCUAAGACUGGACUGACACCACUUAUGGAGGCCGCUUCCGGCGGCUACGUGGACGUGGGUCGCGUGCUGCUCGACAAGGGAGCGGACGUGAACGCCACGCCCGUGCCGUCGUCGCGCGAUACAGCCCUCACCAUCGCCGCCGACAAAGGUCACGUACGUUUCGUCGAGCUUCUGCUGUGCCGCGGCGCACAGGUCGAAGUCAAAAACAAGAAGGGCAACUCACCUCUCUGGCUGGCCGCCAACGGUGGCCACCUGCCCGUCGUCGAGCUCCUCUACAACCUGAACGCUGACAUCGACUCGCAGGACAACCGCAAGGUGUCCUGUCUGAUGGCCGCCUUCCGCAAGGGACACGUCAAAGUGGUCAAAUGGAUGGUGCACCACGUGACGCAGUUCCCCAGCGACCAGGAGAUGAUGCGGUACAUAGCGACGGUCAGCGACAAGGAGCUGCUGGACAAAUGCCAGGACUGCAUCAAGAUAAUACGGGCGGCCAAGGAGACGCAGGCGGCCAAGGCGAACAAGAACGCCUCCAUCCUGCUCGAGGAGCUGGACAUGGAGAAGACCAGGGAGGAGUCGAAACGUUUGGCGGCGGCCCGGCGACGCGAGCGCAAGAAAAAGAAGAAGCUGGAGAAGAAGGAGGAGCGACGCAAGCUGCUCGAAGAGAAUAAAAAGAACGAGACGUACGAUGACAAAGAUCCGACUGGGAAGAAGUCGAUCGACGACGAAAAAGACGAUGAUACUGAUAAUGUUCCUGAAGUAAAUCCCUCAAUUCGCAACGGCGACAACGCAGACAAGGAAGAAGGGGACAGCGGCAUCGAUGCCAACAGCCAAGGCAGCUGUUCCAGCAACGACAUCAAGUCCAAAGACAAGCGCAAAGACAAGAAGAAGAAAAAAUCGAACAGUUCUAACAACAACGGUAGUACGAAGAACGGCGACUCCCGCAUCAACGGCACGCCCACCAAACCGGGGUCGAGCAAGAGCGGCGACUCACACAAUCAGGACGUCGCCGACAAGUCCGAAAAGCAUGACAGCAAAAACUCAAACAUUCGAAGUCCUCCAAAUAGGAAGGCAAUGGUAUUCGAAGCAAGCAAAAAUCCGGCGGAACGCGAAGACUUCGAGGCGACCGGCAACGAAAGCUACGUGUCGACAAGCAAGUCGAAGAAAGCCCACAACACGGAAUCAGACUACCACCCGCCACCAAAGACCAACACCACCAGCCCCAAGCAGAGCACGAAACGCGACGAAGGUUGGAAGGAAGUCGUGAGAAAAUCGUCGGUACAGACCGUCUCGACGAACGAGUCCGGCGUCAAGAAGGUGUCCGUGCCGCACAACGCGAUCUCGAGGGUGAUCGGCAGGGGUGGCAGUAAUAUUAAUGCUAUUCGAGGCGCCACCGGCGCCCACAUCGAAGUGGAGAAGCAGAACAAGGGUCAAGGCGAGCGAGUCAUCACGAUCAAGGGAUCGGCCGACGCCACCAAGCAGGCGUACAAUCUGAUCGCCACCCUGAUCAAGGAUCCGGACGUGGACAUACUGCAGAUGCUGCCCAAGGCCAACAAGGCCGCGCCCACCACCACUACGCUGUGGGACAAGACGCAAAUUGGGACGAAGAAGAACGCAGUGAAGGUGUUGAUAUUGAACCCGACGGUGACGCCGCCGACCAGCGCCCACCCGAAAACGGUCCAGGCGCCCAUCACGUCGACGACGACGGCGGCCAGUCGCGCGACCACCGCCACGCUCUCUAAGCCGCGGGCCACCGCACCGGUGGUCAGCACCCGCAGCACCGCCCCCCGUUUAGUCGCGCAGGCCGAGAAGAACGCCGCCGCCGCAGCGGCCCAAACUGGCGCCUCUUCGGCGGCAGUGCGCAUGCCCAUUCAAAACACGAGCGGCACGUCCACCAGGGCGCCGGUCUCGAAGCCCAUCGGCGUGUCCACGGCGAACCAGACGUUCGCCGCCAAGCUGACGGAGAUCACGUCCAUCAACGGGCUGCCGUCCGGCUUGAGUCAGGUCCAUCAGGCGGCUGCGAAGCCGAGGAAUGCGCCUGCGUCCGGUUCUAUGCAGCCGGCCAGUGUAGCCUCGUCGCAGCCUCCGUCGCACACCGCCAAUAUGCAUACGUCGUCACCCACGAAGACCAGCAGACCUACCCCGACUACGUCGGCGCCACCGCAAAUGCAACACUUCGCUAGUCCCGGCAAAGUGCCGCCCGCCUUCGGCGACAACAACAACACGAACACGUCGACCGCCCCGCAGAGUGCCGUUUCCGAUGUGACGCCCGUGUCGAUGGGCAGGAGCUGCACACCGAACGCGGCCCUUCAGCAACACCAAAUCGCCGCGGCGCCCAUUGUUGAGGAGCAAGCAACCAGCCACUCUGCCACUAGUAUUCCACAGGUUUAUUCGCUGUUCAACUCGACGGAUAAGCCUAUGUGGCAACGCGAGCACGAAUCUCAGAAGCCGAUCAACUUCGCGGCGGUAACCGGAGGUUCGAACGCGCAGUCGCAGGUGGCGCAGAACAUGUUCAGCAACGAGCCCCCACCGCAGGUGGACGCGUCCAAGGCGCCGGGCUACAGGGGCGGCGCCGUCUGUUCGCCGGUCUCCUCGAAAACGAGCAGUAAUAGUACCACACCGCCGAACAUCUCCUCCGCGAUUUCCUAUCAAACGUUCCCCGACCAGCCGGUCAAGACGCAAAACCUGGCGCCCAUCGGCAGUCUGCCGCACGGCAGGCCGCAGGUGUCGUCGCAGAGUGGCGCCAACGACAUGCACGACUUCUUCGCCAAGAACAACGGCCCCAUCGGCAACGUGCCGCUGCUGAACUCGUCCGGCGGCAACGCCGACCACUUCCAGGCCUACAUGCCCCCAAUGAACUUCUCGCAGCCGCAGCAACAGUCCAACCUCCAGUCGGUGACCGUUUCGAGGUUGAACCCGAAGGCACCGGACUUCUCUGCCAGCUACAACAGCUCGUUGCCGCCCAACAAGCCCAACAGCAGCCAGCACCUUUUCAACGGCUUCCCCAUGAACCAGAGCCAGAACAACAACAUGUACCAAAUGUCGAAGAUAUCGCAGGACCAGUACAGCGGUCGCAGUCUGCGUCUGAUGCAGCAGGUCCAACAGUCGAACUUCUACCUGCCACCGCCGCCGCCCGACAUCAUAAGCGGCAUGGCCGGCAUGACCAUCCAGAACUUGGCCCGUGUGGCCGGCAGCGAGAUACACAUCGAGAACGGCGGCGACAUAGGCAUGGUGUCGCCCAUCAUGUCGCCCGGUCUCAACCAUCCGACCGUGCUGAUGAACGAACCGUCGUUCGUGGAGGAUCGCAAGCCGCCGCAGCCCAUCGGCACCGAGAGGGCGAGGAAGUCGGCGUACGGUGGGGGCGGCGGCGGCACGGGCGGUGGCAUACAGCCGCCUAACUUGGACCAUCAGUGGUCGGCUGGAGGUAUGCUGAGCGGCGACAACAAGCGGUGGAUGCACGACCAGCAGUUCAUCAGGCAGGGCAUCACUUUCGACGACAUGUCGUCCGUUAUGGACUUUUCGACCAUGAAUCAAACUUUCCACACAACUCCAUAUUAUAAUCAGCAGCAACCACCGCACAUGGGAAUGCGUCAGGAGUUUCCUGACUUAAAUUGGGACGCAUCCAGGCCCAACUUAGACCAUCAAGACAAGUCCUGGAACAGUAAAUGGCAGUAAAACUAAACUACAAGAAAACUCAGACGCGGGCAGAUAAAUAGAAGGGUGCAGGGAGACUAUAAGCGCAAUUUUCUGAAUCAUCUCCCAAUAUAUGAACGGCGAAUUGUAGCUUCAAUGUUUGCAAUCAACGGACAAAAACUAUCUCUUGCAUUAGAGAGUCGUCAAAAAUAAAUAAUAGUACAUAGUUGUUUAAUAAAAAAAAAUCAAUUGCCACCAGAAAAAUAACGGAACAGCGACCGAUUUGUUACGGUGUCGCGUUUAAAUAGUACUGUUUGUUGUAUUCACGCCCCGCAUUCGAUGAUCGUUGUACAUAAUUAUUAUUAUAUUAUUAUUAAAGACAAAAUGAUCCUUAUCGAAUUAUUCUACUUGUAGUAAGUUAAUUGCAUGUCUCAUUUGUUUUAUAACCGCUUAUAGUUUACAAUGGAAGACAGAAAAAAAAAAUUUAAAGGAAGAACCGUUGUUACUUUUUUCAGUAGCUGACACACUAACACGCAUGCGGACAAAAUGCCAUCCGCUGCGGCCACACCCCCGACCAAGUCUUCUCCCGUCAGAGCGUCCCCCUAUUAUAAUAAAUGUAUGUGCUUUACGAUGAUUAUUUUGUAUGUUUUAUAAAUUUCCCCUCUCGUCGGGCCGAUGGCGUCUUGGCCGGGGGCCAGUCCGAGAGAGAGGGUGCGAGUUUAGCGACUUCGCCCCCCGGGCACCCCGCAGUCGCGGGGUCGACGGUAGGCAUUUUCGGAUGUGCUGUUUGUAAAUAAUUAAAAUAAAAAGAGAUUUUUUGAAAGUGAGGACGGCUUCACAUGAAGUUUAGACAUAAUAUUAUAUCUAAAUAUACUACUAAAAAAACCAUAUAAUGUAUAAUGUAGUUGCGCAGUGGUAUUGAGGGAUUGGCGAUAGGAACACAAGUGUAUACUUGUCAUUUUAUUUGUUCUCUAUUCGAAUAUUAUAUAUUUUUGUUUCCUACAUAUUAAUUGCAGCAGGCAGGCGGGUAGGUGACGCGUUCAGUGGGUCUAGACAGCCGAAUCGGACGCUGGAGGGUUGCGGUCCGGUUCGUGUCGCUCACCGUCACACACACUCCACUAAACAAACGUGUAGGAUUGAUUAUAAUAAACGGAAUAUUAUGUAAUAUUGCUUGUACAUGAAGACUUAAUAUAUCUUUAUGCACUGUA